AUGAACAUGAAAGAUUUAGACCACCCUUCACAGAAUAAAGACGGUCAUUAUACACAAGCUUUAAAACACUGUAUUCCUGUUCGAUGUCAUAAAAGAAAAGAUAAUGAGAUUCCCAUGAAAUAUGCUGGUUGUUUCUCAUAUAUGACUGUCAGUUGGCUGGGGAAUAUAGUGUGGAAGAUUUAUAAAAAUGGCAUUGAUUCAGUGACCUUGUGGAAAUGUUCUGAAAAUGAGAGCAGUUUUCACAACCUAAUGAGGCUUGAAAAUUUGUGGAAUGAAGAAAUUAAUAAAAAAGGUCCUGCAGCUUCUUUUAAGAAUGUCUUCAUACAGUUUGUAAAAACAAGGAUGAUUUUGGCCAGUGUCUUUUUAAUCAUCAGUUUAGCAUGCAGUUUAUUCACACCUUUUUAUUUAAUCCACCAACUUUUGGAUUAUAUGUCAUCUGAGAACAAAGUUUUAAUGGAAGGUAUUCUUCUUGUUAUCGGUCUUCUAAUAAGUGAGCUCAUACGUAGUCUUUCGUUUGCUACUAUGUGGAGUAUGAAUUAUACAACAGGUGUACGUGUAAAAGUUGCAGCUACAGCUUUACUCUAUAAAAAAAUUAUGCUGGUGAAAAGUAUGAAGGAAAAAACUGCUGGGGAACUAAUCAAUAUGUGUACAUUAGAUGGACAACGAUUCUGUGAUGCUACUGUCCUGGCUCCCCUUGCUGUUGGUAGCCCAUUUGUCCUUGUUUGUGGGGUUAUCUACAACAUUUUCCUUUUGGGUCCAUUUUCAUUGAUUGGAGCUGCUGUAUUUAUUGGAUUUUAUCCACUUGUGCUCCUGCUGAUGAAGUUAGCAGCUUAUUACCGGAAAAAGAUUGCAGAAACAACAGACCAACGUGUAAACAUUAUGAAUGAAUUGUUCUCUUGCAUUUGUUUGGUAAAGAUGUAUGCUUGGGAAUUAUCAUUUACAAAGAUAAUUCAAGAUAUUCGAAAAUUAGAAAAACAAUUAUUGACUAAAACUGCUUUUGUUCAAACUGUGAAUGUUGUAAUUCCUCCAAUGGUGCCAAUCAUUGCUGGAGUUGUUACUUUUCUUUCUUACAUUUUGACAAAGAAUGAUUUGACAGCAGCUCAGGCCUUUACUAUGAUAGCUGUCCUCAACAGUAUGCGUUUUGCUCUUGGUUCUCUCCCAUAUUGCUUCAAAGCAUUAUCUGAUGCUUCUGUUUCUAUAAAGAGAUACCAGGAAGUAUUAAGCUUGGAUCAAAUUGAAGACAUUGAGAAAUCAAAUUUGAAAGAUGAAGAAAUGGUUGUCUUUGAAAAUGCAUCCCUAAGUUGGAAUUGUACAGCAAAAAAAGAAGAAAUGUCUACAGACAACAAAGAAAUGAAGUGUAAUAAUAGGGGAGAAAAGUUAACAGAGAACAUGAAGUUACUUCCAUCAUCACAAGAAGCCAUAUUAACUAACAUCAGUUUUGUUCUCAAAAAAGGCCAAAUGUUGGGAGUAUGUGGCAGUAUAGGUUCUGGAAAGAGUUCUUUGAUAUCAGCUAUUCUUGGACGAAUGAACCUAGUUUCUGGAAAAAUCUCCAAGCAGGGAAUUGUUGCUUAUGUUCCACAGCAAGCUUGGAUCAUGAAUGCUUCUGCUCAAGAGAAUAUUCUUUUUGGUCUUCCAUUUGAUGAAGAAAGAUAUGAUCAAAUAGUUGAAGCUUGUUGUCUGAAAGAAGAUUUUAAUCUUAUUGGGGAUGACACUGAAAUUGGUGAAAGAGGCAUGAAUUUGAGUGGUGGUCAAAAACAAAGAAUUGGACUUGCUCGAGCAGUGUACAGUGACCGAGAUAUAUACCUUUUAGAUGAUCCAUUAUCGGCUGUUGAUGUCCAUAUAGGGAAACAUAUAUUUGAUCGUUGUAUCAACACAUUUCUUAAAGAGAAAACAGUUAUAUUUGUUACCCAUCAACUUCAGUAUUUGGAGUCCUGUGACCACAUCUUAUUUUUAAAAGAUGGAAAGAUUUCUGAACAAGGUUCUCAUCAGUCUUUGAUGGCUGAUCAUUUGGAAUAUUGUGCACUUAUAGAAUCAUUCUAUGAAGACUCAAAUUUGGAAGAAAAGAAAAAAACUGAAUGUAUGACUCCCCUCUCACCAAGCCCUUCAUUACACCCCCGUUUCCAGUUUAAUCGCACACAGUCAGUAAUAAGCAGACGGAUAUCAGCUAGCCAGUUAAGUCUUAAUGAAUCUAUUCUAGACAAUGCAGAUUUGGUACAAGAGGAAGAAUCUUCUACUAAUGUUGGCCUGCCAGAGCUGUGGUUCUAUAUGAAAGCUUGUGGUGGUUUCUUUAUUUGUAUUUUUGCCCUGUUAAUGUUCGCUGUAUCUAUUGCUGUGCAAACUAGUUCAGCUUGGUGGCUCACAUAUUGGAUUCAACAGAAUGAUACUGAUAACAUUGAUAACAAAAAUACCAGUUCUGUUAGAAUAAGCAGUCAUCCUCUAGUAAACCUUUUUGCUACUGUCUAUGGUCUUACUGUGUUGGUAACCAUAUUAGUUCAUUUGAUACGAGGCUACAUUUAUGUAAAGACAACUAUCAAAGGUGCCAACUGGUGUCACAACCAGCUUUUGCAAAAAGUUAUCUGGUUUCCCAUGGAGUUCUUUGAUUGCAAUCCUGUUGGAAGAAUUUUAAACAGAUUCUCUUCUGAUAUGGAUGAAGUUGAUUCCCGACUGGCUUCAUUGAUGGAAAUGUUUUUUAUGAAUAUACUCUCACUUCUUGCUGCUAAUAUCUCUAUGAUUAUUGUGGUUCCGUGGAUGUCAGUUGUUAGUAUCCCAUUAAUGAUUGCCUUUGUAUUACUGAGUCGUAUAUUUGCAACCAGUCUUCGAGAAAUCAAGAAGAAAGACAAUGUAACACGUUCCCCGCUCAUCAGUCUUAUCUCAGCAACUAUGCAUGGCCUUUCAACUAUCUUUGCUUACAAGAAAAAUCAAUUAUUCAUUGACAGAUAUUGCCAAAUACAAGAUGAAAAUACUGUUCCCUUUUUCCUGUUCUACAUGAUGAAUCGUUGGGUUGCAAUUCGUUUGGACUUCAUCUGUAUUUUAAUUUGCUUCUCUUGUGCCUUAAGUAUUGUAUUACUGGCUGAUGUGAUGCCAGCUGCUUUGGCUGGCCUUGGACUCUCUUUUGCUUUACAGGUUACAAAUUUAUCGCAAUAUACUGUUCGCCUUUGGAUUGAACUUGAAGCCAGAUUUGAUUCAAUCAAAAGAAUUAAGGAAUAUGUAGACAAAAAUGAAUCAGAAGCAGAUUCAAAAACUUCACCUGAAUAUGCUUUAUCAGCUGACUGGCCAACCAGUGGACAUAUACAAUUCAACGAAUACAGCAUGAAAUAUCGUAGCAAUUUGCCAAAUGCUCUUAAGAAAAUAUGUCUAGAUAUUUCUCCUUCUCAAAAACUUGGUAUUGUUGGAAGAUCUGGUUCAGGAAAAUCCUCACUUGGUGCUGCUCUCUUCCGACUGGUUGAACCAUCAGAUGGAAACAUUAUUAUUGAUGGUUAUGAUAUCACAAAAGUAGGCCUUCAAGAUCUUCGCUCUCGCAUAUCAAUCAUUCCUCAAGAUCCUAUUCUAUUUAGAGGCACAAUCAGAUAUAAUCUGGAUCCAUUGCAGAACUGUAAUGACUUUGAACUUUGGGAAGCUCUUGAAAAAUGUCACAUUAAGAAUAGAGUUGAAUCAUUAGAAGGUCAGCUGAACAGUUUUAUAGAAGAAAAUGGUGAAAACUUUUCUGUUGGUGAACGUCAGCUAUUUUGCUUGGCAAGAGCUUUGCUCAGAAAGUGUAAGAUUCUAAUUUUAGAUGAAGCUACAGCCUCUAUUGAUACAGAAACUGAUCAUCUAAUUCAGAAAACUUUACAAAAUUCAUUUAGUCACUGUACUAUGCUGGUGAUUGCACAUCGUUUAAAUACAGUUAUUGACUGUAGCAGGAUUAUUGUUAUGGAAAAUGGCAAGAUAGCUGAAUAUGGUAAACCUACUGUUUUGAUUAGUAUGAAGAAUUCCAAGUUCCGAGCAAUGUGGGAAGCAUCAGAAACCAAGAAAACAAAAUCCUGA